GCGGAUUGUCAGACACGAGGGAAAGGAGGGGACAGGGACCCCGCGGCUUCGCGCUGGAAAGGGACCCCCCGGCCGUGCCCCUGCUUCGAGACGGCGGCCCAGCUCCUCCAAGGAGAGGACGGUCGGUUAUCGAUUGGCUCGAAGCCUUUUUGGUCGCCAGACUCGUCUCCCAUUCGCUUUUCGAUGCAGCGACAUCCCCGCGACGAUCUCUCGAGCCCUGGUUCGCGCUAAGAUAGGGACAUACUAUGGGGUGCGUGGGCGCACACCGGCCAAGCUCGACGCUACCCGUAGUAGUUAGUAGCUACCAUUCUUGCCCGCUGCUUUGUCUCUCACUCGCCGACCUCUCUCUGCCUCUUCUUCCCACCUCCUUGCCACUCGGGGCUCGUCGCCUGACCAUUCGAACCUUUUCUUCUCACUUCACUUGUACGCCGACUUACCUACUCAUCUAUCUACCUCGUGUGCGGCUCCGCCAUGUCUCCAGGGAUGCAUCACUUCACACCAUGGCACUGCUUGAGUCGAGUCAGGAACGCCGUCGGCCGCCAGGCGUGCCAAUCCUUGUCUAUCUCGCUGCGCUAUUGUCCACGCUGGUGGAAGACACACGCACUCACACACACACACACACACCCCUUCGGAAGUCUCUCUCACUGUCUCUCUCUCUCGCGUGUACUCAUGACCAGCAAACUUUUCCAUCGGCAAUGGUUUGCUGCACGAAACGGCAUGGUCAAGCUCCAGUUAUGGGGGACCGGUUCGAACCCGGUCGGGCUGGGAUUGUCGCCACGCAGUUGAAACAACUUCAGUCUCUCGGUUUCAACCGCAAGGUAAAGUCAGUCGGUAUGAGUGAUGAAGGCAGCCGAGCACUGUUAGUUAGCAUGGCUGGCUUUCUUUGCCCCCCCCCUCCCCAAACAGCCGCCCUCUAUUUAUCAGUUCCGACUUUCCCGUCGUCCAUCGUCCAUGCACACCGUCCGUCGUCGGGUCGAGCUGCCUUUCCGGGCCCAUGCCGACUUUGACUCCCCGUCCGAGAGCCUCAAACAGAGAAAAGAAGGGGGGGGGGGGAGUAAGAGAAAAUCAAGACCCCGCGGGGCUCGUAAAGUUUUCGACGCCGACUCAGCUCACAUGCUCCCUCGCAACAGAGUCCGCCCUUGAUCAAGGUGGGAGAGCCGUUGGCCGCGAACAAAAUGGCACAAGCUUGCGCCUUGUGUUGCCUGUC